UAGUUCCUACAGGAAACACUCAGCUACUCACAGUUCAGGAUGGUUAAAUGCUCUGAUAGAGGUUAAGCAUGGAGUUCUCAUGUAAUACAUAAGAUGGGGCACCUUCCUAGCUAAAGUGGGCCCAGGAAAUUUUCUUAAAAAAGCAGAUGUACUGGGCCAAGGCUGUAAUGUCAGUAGGAGUUAGGGGAACGGAAGAAAGGGGAGGAAGGAAAAGAGAAGAAUUGCAGGUCGGGAAAACAGUAAGGGUAAAGGCAGGUGUAUGAGUCAGCCUAUUGUGUUCAGUGACCUCUAAACACAGAGAAGUUACUGGAUUGUGAUGUCAAGGACGGGCAUCCCAUGAGAAGAGAAAGCUGGAGUGUGCUUUAGUCUAAGGUCAAAUCAUGGACGCUUGGUGUGCCGUGUUGCAGAUGAGCCAAACUGAAUGCUGUGUGUAGUGGGAAACAUCAAACAGCUUUGAGAGUGACAUGGUCAACUUUUUGGUUUAGAUUUCAACACUAAACUUGCACAAUGUCUUUGAAACCAAGAGUAGUAGAUUUUGAUGAAACAUGGAACAAACUUUUAACGACAAUCAAAGCUGUUGUCAUGUUGGAAUACGUUGAAAGAGCAACAUGGAACGAUCGCUUCUCAGAUAUCUAUGCUUUAUGUGUGGCCUAUCCUGAACCCCUUGGAGAAAGACUUUAUACAGAAACUAAGAUUUUUUUGGAAAAUCACGUACGGCAUUUGCACAAGAGAGUCCUGGAGUCUGAAGAGCAAGUACUUGUCAUGUAUCAUAGGUACUGGGAGGAGUAUAGCAAGGGAGCAGAUUACAUGGACAGCUUGUAUAGGUAUCUCAACACCCAGUUCAUUAAGAAGAAUAAGUUGACAGAAGCUGACCUUCAGUAUGGCUACGGCGGUGUGGAUAUGAAUGAGCCACUGAUGGAAAUAGGAGAGCUAGCUUUGGAUAUGUGGAGGAAAUUGAUGGUUGAGCCACUUCAGACCAUCCUUAUCAGAAUGCUGCUCCGAGAGAUUAAAAAUGAUCGUGGUGGAGAAGACCCAAACCAGAAAGUAAUCCAUGGGGUUAUUAACUCCUUUGUUCAUGUUGAACAGUAUAAGAAAAAAUUCCCCUUAAAGUUUUAUCAGGAAAUCUUUGAGUCUCCCUUUCUGACUGAAACAGGAGAGUAUUACAAACAAGAAGCUUCAAAUUUAUUACAAGAAUCAAACUGUUCACAGUAUAUGGAAAAGGUUCUAGGUAGAUUAAAAGAUGAAGAAAUUCGAUGUCGAAAAUACUUGAACCCAAGUUCAUAUACUAAAGUGAUUCAUGAAUGUCAACAACGAAUGGUGGCAGACCACUUACAGUUCUUACAUGCAGAAUGCCACAAUAUCAUCCGACAAGAGAAGAAAAACGACAUGGCAAACAUGUAUGUCUUACUGCGCGCUGUGUCCACUGGUUUACCUCAUAUGAUUCAGGAGCUGCAAAGCCAUAUCCACGACGAGGGCCUUCGAGCCACCAGUAAUCUUACUCAGGAAAAUAUGCCAACACUAUUUGUGGAAUCAGUUUUGGAAGUACAUGGCAAGUUUGUUCAACUUAUCAACACUGUUCUGAAUGGUGAUCAGCACUUUAUGAGUGCGUUGGAUAAGGCCCUUACGUCAGUUGUAAACUACAGAGAACCCAAGUCGGUUUGCAAAGCACCUGAAUUGCUUGCUAAGUACUGUGACAACUUACUAAAGAAAUCGGCGAAGGGGAUGACUGAGAAUGAAGUAGAAGACAAGCUCACAAGCUUCAUUACUGUCUUCAAGUAUAUCGAUGAUAAGGAUGUUUUUCAAAAGUUCUACGCAAGGAUGCUGGCAAAACGUUUAAUUCACGGGUUGUCUAUGUCUAUGGAUUCUGAAGAAGCUAUGAUCAAUAAAUUAAAGCAAGCUUGUGGCUAUGAGUUUACCAGCAAGCUACAUCGGAUGUAUACAGAUAUGAGUGUCAGUGCUGAUCUCAAUAAUAAGUUCAACAAUUUUAUCAAAAAUCAAGACACAGUAAUAGAUUUGGGAAUUAGUUUUCAAAUAUAUGUUCUGCAGGCUGGAGCGUGGCCUCUUACUCAGGCUCCUUCAUCUACAUUUGCUAUUCCCCAGGAGUUGGAAAAAAGUGUACAGAUGUUUGAAUUAUUUUACAGUCAGCAUUUCAGUGGGAGGAAACUUACAUGGUUACAUUACCUCUGUACAGGAGAAGUUAAAAUGAACUAUCUGGGCAAACCAUAUGUAGCCAUGGUUACAACAUACCAAAUGGCAGUUCUUCUUGCCUUUAACAACAGUGAGACUGUCAGCUAUAAAGAGCUUCAAGACAGCACUCAGAUGAAUGAGAAGGAACUGACGAAAACAAUCAAAUCAUUACUUGAUGUGAAAAUGAUUAACCAUGAUUCAGAAAAGGAAGACAUCGAUGCGGAAUCUUCAUUUUCAUUAAAUAUGAACUUCAGCAGUAAAAGAACAAAAUUUAAGAUUACUACGUCAAUGCAGAAAGACACACCACAGGAAAUGGAACAGACUAGAAGUGCUGUAGAUGAGGACCGGAAAAUGUAUCUGCAAGCUGCUAUAGUUCGUAUCAUGAAAGCACGGAAAGUACUUCGGCAUAACGCCCUCAUUCAAGAGGUGAUUAGCCAGUCAAGAGCUAGGUUUAAUCCUAGCAUCAGCAUGAUUAAGAAGUGUAUUGAAGUUCUCAUAGACAAACAGUACAUUGAACGCAGCCAAGCGUCAGCAGAUGAAUACAGCUACGUAGCGUGAUGUCGCUCUCCUCCAGUGUGGGUGUGAGGUCAUUGCCGUCACCAUUUGGUGUGUUCCUGUGGGAAAAAGCAGGCCUGUGCCUCCAUAAUUUGGUCAUUUGGCAGCCCCUGUUUUUCUGCUGUUUACAACAUCACCAGUGCCACGUCAUGAGCGUCCGAGAAAAUGCCUAGAGAUAUUUCAAGCUCAUGUCAUUCUGACAUUUCUUAAAACUUUAUUAAAAGAAUGAGUGAAGUAUUGCUGAAAUGUGGAAAUCUGGUUGGGUACCAUGCUUUUUCUCCCCUUCACGUUUGCAGUUGAUGUGUUUUUUUUUUUAAUGUAUCUUAAAGGACAUAAAAUAAAAAACUUAAAUAUUGUAAUAUGACAGAUAACCUAAUAAUUGUAUCUACAUUAAAAUGACAAACAUGAUAUUGCUGCUUGUCAAAUAAAAAAAUAAAGAAGUAGAAUGCCUUUUUUAUGUGGAUGAAGUAUCACACAAAAUAAUAUGUAUCAAUGUUCAUGGGUCAUCAAAACUAAUGCAGCUUUCGUUGCAUUUUUCUCUGAAUGGUUUAAUUCACUUGUACUCCUGCUUAAAUCCUACAUAGAAAAUGUCUAGCUUAGUGUUCUUGAAUGCAUAAAAAGGCACUCAGCGUAAAGAAUGUUUUGUUUUUAUACGUUAGAACUGCGGUGGAUAUGAGUUUUAAAUGCUGAGGAUUUAAUUCCAUCAAGAGUUUCUGGUGCUGUGCUACACCACAGAAACGACAUAUGAAGAGAGUAUGUGGUGACCUCAAGCCUCGUAUAGAAAGAGCUUUGCCUUCAAAACCAAGACAUUGCUUUUGUUCUCAUAAUACAUUAAUAUAGUCCAAUAUCCCAGCUCUGUUGCAUCUCUUCUGCCUUUCUCUGAGUUGUAGGAGAUCCGGUGAUUCCAGUGUAUUCCUUCCAUACUCCUACCUACCUGUUACCAUUACGCCCUAAAAUUGCAACACUAGAUUCACUCUCAGAAGUCACAAGUGUGCUUGGCAAUGCAUAACUGAAAUACCUUUUUUAUCUGUAUAGUGCAUUACACCAGGUGCCACUCAGAGAGAGACGUGAAAUUCCAUUAUUUUGUUUAUUAUAUAUAUCAACAGCAGUAUUAGAAUACUUUGGUCUGUUACCAUAUUUAUCUGCGCCACCCCCCCCCAUCCCUGCACUACAACACACUCAUGCGCACAAUUUUUUUUUAAGCUGGAAUAUUUUAAAGCAUAUCCCACAUAAAUCAUUUCACUUACAAUACGUCAGUUUGUGUCUCUAACAGAUAAAACCUUUUUAAAGAAAAAGCAACCUCAAUGACAUUAUUACACCUAACAUAUAAACAAUAAUUACUUAAUACCAUCUAAUAUGUGGUCCAUAUUCAGAUUUCUCUUAUUGUUGCAAAAAUGGCUUUUACAAUUG